CUCCACAUCCUUGAGGAUAUUAUUCUUCAAGAUAUACUCGAGUACACACGUUCUACGAGCAUGAAGCUGCUCGCUAUCCUUGCCAUCUUUGCCGUAGUAGCUUCCGUUUUGGCAAACACCCUACCAGCUGUUUACGACGGGCCUACUUACGAACUGACUGCCAUCGACGAUCCGGGAUACGACGAGCCGACGUCGAACAAUCUGUCGCCUAUCCGACACCGGCGCAUCACUUGCGACCUUUUAUCCUGGCAGUCCAAGUGGCCGACCGUCGACCACAGGUGCGCGGUUAAGUGUCUGUCGCAGCGUCGUCAGGGUGGCCGCUGCCAGGACGGCAUCUGCGUCUGCAGAAAUUAGAGCCGUCACGUCUCCCUGAUGUGUCAAACGUAUGUAUCGCGGACACGUACACAGUGGGAACAUUUGUGUGUUCUUGUUAAAAACGGUCCCCGUUAAAAUUUGUCUGUUAAAUAUAUAUUUCA